GAUUCUUCCCAUUAUAACCCGAUAAAACCCUGUCUCGCGAGUGGCAGAUGCAGCUCCCUUCGACUGACGAACAACCAUUCCACACUGUAGUUCUCAGGCAAGCAGUGAAGGAGGCACGAAAGGGCCUACUUGUGGAAUUGUAUAAUAGUCAGCCUCUGUUUUUAGCUCUUUGAUUGCAACAAGAUAGCAUUUUCCUUUGGCUACCAUCUUCAAUCAAAGAAGAAGAACAAGAUUAGUUCAAAUUUCUCCGUCCAGUGCCAAAGAUUAAUAAAUCCUUAAUCUUGUCAGAACUAUGAGACUUCAUGCUCUAUGCUGCCUCUGACCGCCUCAUAUCUAUAUCUUCACGAUACCGAGUGAAGUCUUUCAGCUUGGUGCAUAGGCUCAGCUGCUCUAUCUACGUAGACCACAAUCAUUUUCUCAGACCACGGCCAUCACAUCAGAUCUGCAUUACCAGCAAUGAACUCCUUGAUUUCUUUGAUGUCAUUGUUCAGCGAUGCCUUACAGUCCAGCAAUCUCAACAAGUUCACACCCAACUUCUUGUUACUGGUGCUCAUCAGUCAGCCUUCUUGGCCGCCAAACUCAUAGCUGUCUAUGCAUCUUUUGGGUUUGUUAGAGAUGCUCAGAACGUAUUUGAUGCAAUCCGAGUUGAGGACCUUGAAAAUCUGCUUUUGUGGAAUUCAAUUCUUAGAGCCAAUGUCUCUCAUGGGUACUAUGAUUAUGCACUUAAACUUUAUGCUAAGAUGCGAAAGCUUGGAUUUUGGCCUGAUGGGUUCACUGUUCCUCUGAUAAUAAGGGCAUGUUCAAAUGUGGUCACCCCCACUCUGUGCAAGAUUGUUCAUUGUCAUGCUUUGCAAAUGGGUUUCCGGAAUCAUCUUCAUGUCAUGAAUGAACUUCUGAAUAUGUAUGGGAAGCUUGGGCAGAUGGAUGAUGCCUGCGAACUAUUUGAUAGAAUGGUUGUCAAAAGCCUAGUUUCAUGGAAUAGUAUGGUUUCUGGUUAUGCUUUCAACCAUGAUCAUCUUAGUGCUUGUAAGACCUUUAAGCAGAUGGAGUUGGAGGGAUUCCAACCUAAUUCGGUGACGUGGACAUCACUGCUGUCAAGCCAUGCUAGAUGUGGCCUUUAUGAUGAAACCCUGAAGUUGUUUAAGUCAUUGAAUAUGAGGGGAACUGAAAUCAGUGCUGAAGCCCUAGCUGUAGUCUUAUCUGUGUGCGCUGAUAUGGCUUCAACUGACAGGGGCAAAGAACUACAUAGCUAUAUUGUAAAGGGUGGAUAUGAAAAUUAUUUGUUUGUGAAAAAUGCAUUAAUAGGCACUUAUGGGAAGCAUGAGCUAUUGGAGGAUGCACAUAAGUUAUUUUCUGAAAUUAUGAGAAAGAAUAUCGUAAGUUGGAAUGCUUUGAUAUCGUCAUAUGCUGAAUGUGGAUUAUGUGAUGAGGCAUUGUCAGUAUUUUUGCAGUUGGAGAAGGCAGAUGGUCAUCCUCCAGUUAGACCUAAUGUCAUAAGUUGGAGUGCUGUUAUUGAUGGUUUUGCUUCAAAAGGGCAUGUUGAGGAAUCCCUUGAGCUUUUUAGGGGGAUGCAGCAGGCCAAAGUAAUGGCUAAUUGUGUGACAAUCUCUAGCAUUUUAUCAGUUUGUGCAGAGUUAGCAGCUCUGAACCUUGGUAGGGAAAUCCAUGGUUAUGCAGUUAGGGCACUGAUGGAUGGCAAUAUUUUGGUGGUAAAUGGCUUGAUUAAUAUGUAUAUGAAGUGUGGGGGUUUCAAGGAAGGGCAUUUGGUGUUUGAUAAUAUGAAUGGUAGAGACUUAAUCUCUUGGAAUUCAUUAAUUGGCGGUUUUGGCAUGCACGGGCUUGGUGAAAAUGCAUUAAGAACUUUUGAUGAGAUGAUUAAGUCUGGACUCAAGCCAGACAACAUCACUUUUGUUGUUGUUCUCUCUGCAUGCAGCCAUGCAGGACUUGUCACUGAGGGUCGUAAGAUUUUUGACAAGAUGGUUAAAGAACUUAAAAUUGAACCUUUGGUAGAGCACUAUGCAUGCAUGGUUGAUCUUCUUGGCCGUGCUGGACUUUUGCAAGAGGCAAGUGAUAUCAUUAGAAGCAUGCCAGUAGAGCCUAAUGAGUGUAUUUGGGGAGCUCUUCUAAAUGCAUGCAGAAUGCACAGGGAUAUAGACAUUGCGGAAGAUGCAGAAUCACAUAUUCUAAGUCUGAAGUCAGAAGUAACUGGAAGUUACAUGCUACUAUCAAAUAUUUAUGCCGCAAGUGGAAGAUGGGAAGAUUCUGCAAGGGUCAGGAUCUCAGUGAAGUCAAGGGGAUUGAAGAAAUUUCCUGGUCACAGUUGGAUUGAGGUGAAAAAGAAAGUUCAUACAUUCUCAGCAGGGAAUGUUGUCCAAUCAGGACUGGAAGAAGUUUAUAGGAUGCUUGAGGAAUUGGCACUUCAAAUGGAGAUUGAAAUUUGCGAAUCCAGUUGUACAUUUAGUCAACAAUGCAUUGAUGAUGAGGAGUCAAAGCUCUUGAUUGUUGCAAACUGAGUGACUGGGUUUUACUUUGUUAUGGCUUUCUCUUGCGACACAAACAGUUCACUUCAUAGUUCAGAAUCCGAUGUUUUAGGAAAAUACUAUCCUUGCCAGUUGUAUCCAAAGAAGAAAGUGGCUGUUAUUAUUAUUUUCAUGCAAAUUGAAACGUCAUCCUGAGAAAAUAGGAAAAGGAACCCUUUUUUUUUUUUCGGAUUA